AUGGUCCAACGCGUCACUCUCCGAACGAGGAAAUCGUACAACACCAAAUCCAACGGCAAGAGGAUCGUAAAGACCCCCGGUAAGGAUCUCUAGAUCGCCACCGCCACCGACACCGACACCCACACACACUCUCUCUAGGCUUUGGCCCGCAUCGGGGCCAUUUCAGGCGCGCGGCCGGCCCGCUCGCAAGGCGCAGGACGCACCUUUUCGCCGCGGGGCUGCUGGCGGGCGUCGCACCUCAUGACCCGGACGGAUGCUUGGAGGGGCUGAGAACGAAUCUGAUGGAUACGUGUGGGCUGGAUUUGCAUGGACCGGCUACGUUGGGGAGGGGGGAAAUAGCGGGCUUCGCAGGGAAGGGCAAUGCAGGGGCGUAGGGCCAGUGCUCGGGGCGGAUUGGCUGGCUAGGCCCGGGCCUGGACCGUUGCGAGACUGGGUUGGCUGAGCGUGGCCUCGGGCGGAAAGGUGGAAUGAUGCAAGCUUGUUCAGGAUAAGCGGAGGGUAGUUGAAUGCAGGAGAACGUAUGGGAUGGAUGGAUGGGGAUCACGGAGAUGUAGGAUGAGAUGUACCGCACUCGCCACCCAGCCCUCCAGCCUCGACUGUUGCGCGUCGGAUCGCUCUCUCAACACAUCACGACGCCUCCUUCAAUGCCAAAACGAUCGUUUUCACUGACACUUUCUUGCGAUUCCUUUUGACUCAGGUGGAUCGCUGCGCUACUUGACCGUCAAGAAGGCCGCCUCCGCCCCCAAAUGCGGUGACUGCAAGAUCGCCCUCCCCGGUGUAAGCCCCCUCACCUGGCCCUUUUCUACGACAAGUCAACACGAAUACUCACAUUGCUCUUCUGUCCUUCAGAUCCCGGCAUUGCGUCCCCGCCAAUACGCUCAAAUCUCGAAGCGCCAAAAGACCGUUCAACGCGCCUACGGCGGCUCGCGAUGCGCCAACUGCGUCAGGGACCGGAUCGUCCGAUCGUUCUUGGUUGAGGAGGCGAAGAUUGUCAAGAAGGUAAGGAACACACCAUAG